CUCAUCAAGGUAAUCCAAGUGGAGUUGAAAGAGUUGAAAUGUCCAGCCUCAGUGUUGACGUUUUGUCGCACAACAGAACUGCCGACUGUCUUGAAAGCACUCAUGUUGAUGCAUACGACCGAGGUAUUGUGUUUGUAGACACAGCAAGUCACUAAGUAAAGUCAAAGCCCCUGGGGAGCAGGGCUUCAUUGUUAUGGGCACCGGAAAAGAGCGGAAUUCCAAUGGCAAGUCCAUUGAUGCAUCAUUCUCUCAACGAAUGGGCGUAUGACUUUGUGUUGAGAUGGACAAGAACAUCUUUGUAACAGACGCCCAAGCAGGUAGCUUUAAGCUUAUUACUUCCAUCAAAGACACCAUUGGAUUUCUAAAACAUCUUGGCUUGUUGAACAAAGCAGUCUCAGUCCAUUUCAAGCACCAAACAACGGCACAGCUUUCCCUAACAGAAGCGAUCAGACACGUGGAAGUUUUCCACAGCUACUUACAAGAAGCAAAUAAAUGUGUACUC